AACUGGGCGUUUCUAUGUGGGAACUCCCACGAAAAGUUUCUGCAAACGGCGGCUACCUCCGAACUCCUCGCCGAGGAUCAAAUAGCAAGAAAUCCUGCUCAAUGAACACAAACCAAGGCUCGAUAACUCCCUGUGGUUUUGGCUUUUAUGAAGAAGCUUUCGCAUGGAAAGCACCCGACCGUCUGUCAGUGUCAGUCAGCUUCGUUGGAAGCGCUGCUUGUUUACCAGUCGUACAGUAUUUGCUAAGUUCGUUUAAACGGCACCUCAAACGCGGGCUGUUUAAGGAGAAAUUGCUUGUUUCAACUUUCAGUUUGUUGAGUUUAGUUUGACUUUCGGAAUAAGUUUUUUACGAGCCACUUUCAAGGGAUCGUCGUCAAAGUUGCGAAGUCCACGAGAGGCGGCAGCGCGUUUCGCCAUUCCCCCACUGCGCCACUUUAAGUGGAAUGGGACGCCUUGAAACCUCCGUGUUUGGAUCUUGAAACUGCGAGGGGCGCCCCGAGCACCAUAUUGAAUCAAAGUUGCCAACUCCUGUCACAAACAUGCUGUAAGUUCGGGUUCGACACUCAGCCGCCGACGUGUAAAUGGGGGAAUUGUAAGGCGACGAGUGGCGAACUUCCCCGCAAGUGAAUGUGGCGCAGAGUGGGCGCACAAUCCACAAGUUUGACGCGUGAGCAGAAGUGGACGUGAUGGACAACCCGUCCUCGGUCAUCACGCAGGUCAGCCGGGACGAAGAGGGGAGUAACUCCUCGGAGAAAGGGGAUAGAGGUUCCACACCCUCACUGUCCUCCAAGAAGCCCCGCAGUGGCGGCUUAUUCUCCAUCUUUUCCUGCUGCCUGUGCCGAGACCAGCCAGAACCCCCGCCAGUGAACAACAACGCCCCCCUGCUGGUGGAGGAAAACGGCACUGUUUCCAAGAUCCAGGUGAAACCCCUGCUGCCACCAGUCAAGUCCAAAGACGCCGGGAAGGUCUGCGUGGUGAUCGACCUGGAUGAGACGCUAGUCCACAGCUCUUUUAAGCCUGUGAACAACGCCGAUUUCAUCAUUCCUGUGGAAAUAGAUGGAACUGUCCAUCAGGUGUAUGUCCUGAAGCGGCCUCAUGUGGACGAGUUCCUCAAGAGGAUGGGAGAAAUGUUCGAGUGCGUCCUUUUCACUGCCAGUUUAGCUAAGUAUGCCGACCCCGUCUCUGACCUUCUGGACAAGUGGGGAGCCUUCCGCUGCCGCCUCUUUCGGGAGUCCUGUGUCUUCCAUCGAGGAAAUUACGUCAAGGACCUGAGUCGCCUUGGUCGGGACCUGAACAAGGUCAUCAUCGUAGACAACUCCCCUGCCUCUUACAUCUUCCAUCCUGACAACGCCGUUCCCGUGGCCUCGUGGUUUGACGACAUGUCCGACACUGAGCUGCUGGACCUCAUCCCUUUCUUUGAGAGGCUGAGCAAAGUGGAUAAUGUCUACACUGUCCUCAAGCACCAAGGGGCUUCAAGCUAACAGAAUUCGAAAACACAUCUUAGAAGAAAACGCCAUAUAAAUGAAACAAAAACAAAACCCACACAUGUGCUCACCAGUGAGACUUCAGCUGUCACCGCCCACCCGUGACUCUUCCCUUCCCAGGAAGUCUUUGAUAUUGUUGGCGCAGCCACUUCCUGGUCAAGCAGGAAACUGUUCGACAUUGACCUAAUGCCGCUUGCUCCGCUCAGGAAGUGGCGGACGCAUGGAAAGCGGGUUUUUUUUUUUUUUUGCCCUGUCCUGGGCAAUUUCUCCAGACUGGUUAGUUCACAUAGGCUUUGGCUGGCGUCCAGAAGGUGCCUUUUAAAAACUGUAUUUUAGCGAUACCACAGUGUUGACGUGCACAACAAAAAAAGAACCUGCCACCACCCUCCGAACAGCUGCUUUGUGGUUGCCUUGCCAUGUCACAGAGGUCAACUUGCUGUAUGUUGAGUUAUGUUGCGUUCGAACUGCUCACUUCCACCUUUGAAAGGCUGCAAGAAACUUGAAUUCUUCAGAGCAUCGUUGGACGUCCAGUUUUUUGGUUGCUCUUUCUUUUUAUUCCUAAACGGUACACAUAGGCUGGAAACAAUCUCAUGCAGAGGGGUGAAAGUGUGUCUAUUUAAAGCAACCCCCCUGAAACACCUCUGGAUUCAUUUUGUUUGAAGAUAUUUCAGCAGAGCCACACUUGUAUGUCUUUUGGGACAUAGUGGGGGGAAAAUCCAACUAAAUUGUUGUGGAAUUAUGUUUUUUAUUUUUAAAAUUCCAGAGACUCUCCAGGUAUCACUUGUGAUGUCCAGUGAGGCGAAAGAUGCCGUGCGGCAAGAGUACGCAGGUAAACCUUGCUCCCUGAGUUGACAGCUUUUAGCUUGAUGGCUAGCGCUCUCAACUCUCAUUCUGCGGACCCUUGUUCGGGACCGGGGGGGUUACAGAUGCGAUUGACAAAAUCACGCUGAUUGACUGUGGGUUAUGUUUGUAAAGUGACUCCACAGAGAGCAGGGAUGACAAUUGAACACAUGUAAGUAGAUUUUAACAGUAUUUGUGAUCCUUUGUGAUCUUUUUUUCCAAAUAAUUCCUGAUUUCUUCACUCAUCAAUGUCAUUCCUCACCUUUUCAGGAGUAUGGGAUGUUAGCAAGUCAAACACCAGCAGAUACUAAAGAAUAGAAUAUUAUUGUUGUAGGAACAUAACGGUGUAAAUGUGGAUUUGGGAGGGUUUUAUUUAUAGGAAUUUGUCAUUACAGCGAAAGUCACCACGGGGCUGCUACUGUACCUCACAUGUUCAGUAGGUUUAUUCACGUUUGUGUUUUGCACAGCAAGAAAGCAAACAUGUCAUUUUUGAUACAGUGGGGGAAAUAAGUGUUUGAUUGCCCCCACCCCCACACACACACACAAAGACAUACACAGCCUAUAAUGUCAAAUAAUUUGUAUUUGAGUGAAAUAUGUGAUCCUCAAAUUAAGAGGAGAUGUGGCUGUGCCAAAGUAAACCUCACUCACUGAUGCCUUUAGGGCCGUAUACUGGAUGAGAUCACAACUCGGGUCCCUCUCACGGACACAAGUGAGAGAUGAGCAUGUCACACGAGUCCUCUAUAAAUACUCUCCAAAUUGCAGAAUCUUAUGUGCUUCCUUUUCAGACACGCCUGUGUUGUCUUGGUUGUUAUGUUUUGAGUCUUGUCAUUCUGCAAGACCAAUCUUUAGUGUUCUGGCAGAGGUCCCGUCGCCUUAAUGGAGGAACAGGCCCAAAUACGAAUGCUUCCUUCCCCGUCCUUGGAGCCAGAUGGAUAAUUUCUCUGCCUCCAAAUGUGGCAAAUCCAAGUGAUGUCAAAGACCUCAAUUUUCAAUCCAUUACGACAAAGUGGUGACUGUGCUCCCAACUCCCAUGAGAUCAUUAUCAAAAGUUUGCCCAUGUAAUUCCGGUGCGAUCCCUCACCUUUCUCUGAAUGAUCCUUCCCCCACAAGGUGAAAACUCCAGAAUGAGGACGAUUGAUGGUGGCUGGAAGUUCCUUUCACAUGCGUCUGCUUAAGACGCACAACCUAUCUAUGGAGGUUAUAUUUAUUAAUUUAUCACCCUUUUCAAUGAAUAUUUUGCUGAUGUCAGUUGGUUAAAACAAACCUACUAUCAACCAUAUGGACUGUUCUUGUCUUUUUAAGGGGAUCAACUUAAAAUCAGCAGGAGAUCAAAUGGUUAUUUCCCCCAGUGUAUAUGGAGCAUCUAUGUUACUGUACUCAUGAUUUAAUAGAUGGAAUUCAAUUUUUACCUCUUAUCGUACCAAGUUAUACCUGAACCAUAUAUAACAAUGCCUUUUCCCCACCAUAAACACUAAAUAAACAUGUUUGUCUUUUUAAGUGUUGAUUCUAAAUAAGGCAACAGAAAAUAAAUACAUUGGCAUAUUUGA